UUUCGAUCCUACUUACUUAAGCCUCCAGUCGCUUGUGGCACAGGUUUGCAAUUUCAAUCACAACCCAAACCCCUUUCCCUCGCGCCAGAACUUUUGAUCAUUUCUUCUCUCUUCAAUGGAAUCAAAAAUUUGCCUCUAGUUCCUUCCACCGCCUGAGGAUUGAGCAUUGUGUCUGUUCUGCACGGCUGGAGAACGCUAGCGAGAGCCGUGUCGAGUAUCAUGCGGCUGCCGCAGCGCUAUAAGCGCUCACCACACCAAGACCCAGGAGAGCAACAUGACAUCAUCUUACCAGCUCACCCCUCCCAGGCUGAUUUCGACGUGAAGGGCAACACAGAAAUCCAUUGCAAAGGCGAGUUUGAGCUCCUUCACACAGACACAGAAUCCAUGGGUAGAGGCCCUAGCUAUCCGAGAUACACCAUCACUCACCGAAAGACAUGGGUGGAACGACUUGAGGAUCUUGAGCGCCGUAGUCUGGGGACAGGCAUAGUCUCUUUCAUCAAUAACAACUUCUUGGCUGGAUGGCGUGCUGGUUUGCUCCGCGCGUUCAUGUUCAGUCUAGCAGCUCUGCUCGUCAAUGUUUCAGUCUUCCUUUGGUUGUUCUUCGAGUUCAACAGCACACAUGCUCCCGGUAUCAUUCGCAAAUCUAGUUGCACGGAGAUCGGCAGAAUUGAGAUGGCAAUAAAGGUCGGACUGAACGUUAUCUCAACGUUGAUCCUUGGUGCCUCAACCUAUGCGAUGCAGGGGACGACGUCGCCAACGAGAAAAGAAGUAGACAAAGCUCACACAAAGGGUAAAUGGCUCGAGAUAGGAACACAAAGUUGGAGGAACUUGGCCUACGUGAGUAGGAUGCACGUAGCUAUAUGGGGCGUGCUCGCGUUUACAAGUCUUCCUCUUCAUCUGGUGUACAAUGCCGUCUUCUUCACAACCACGGAGACUUACCAGUACGCAGUCGCGGUCGUAAGCCAAGACUUCCUGAAUAACACGGCGUUCCAAGUCACGCCGGAGAACUCUUCGCCAGCACUACGCUUUCCGACCGAACAAUUCCAGUGGCCCCAGGGUCGUCCUCUUUGCAAUGGUGCUGAUUGCUCCUGGGAUAUUAAGAAUGACACUAUGGUAGCGAACUUCCUUGACGACGUACGCGAUCCCGAUAAGAGAAUCGAUCUGUCAGAUGAACGAGCCCUUGAUUAUGCACGAGCCAGCGGAGCUCAUGCAUAUUGGAAGCUGUCAGGCCAAGAUUGCUUCCACAACUUCAUCGACGGCUUCAUGAAAAGCUAUAGCGAUGUGCUUGUAGUUUCUAAGACCGUUCAGACCGAUGCUCCAGUGCUGUGGACACGCUAUCCCCAGCGCUCUCUGAGUGAGGACAGGAUGGAUACAAAUCAGGAUCCAUUCCACUGGGUGUGUCACGACCAGCUGGUUGCGAGCAACUAUAAGAAUACCGAUCGCUGUAGUAGAAACUACGCGCGCAAGUAUGUCGAGCCGAAGGAUUGGAAUGCUCAGAAUUGGACGGUCUAUGGUCAUCCUGUAGACCAUUGCUACGCCCGAAUCGCGCCGGAGCUCUGCCACUUGCAGUUCAACGCCUACACUAUGCUUGCUGUUGUCGUUUUCAGCGCCAUCAAAGUAGCGGCGAUUGCAGUUCUCGUCUUCACCCACCCGGAUGGCGAAUUUCUGCGCACUUUGGGUGACGCCGUCACAUCGUUUCUCAAGAAAAGCGAUCCGAUUACCAAAGACAUGUGUCUCGUGUCCUCAGCUCAGAUCCGUAAGCACGGAUUUCCAGCAUUGGAUAUGCCUCACGCCAUCAACAAAAGUCGGCGUCGAUGGCUGAUAGGUCCCGCACAGAAGGAGACUAUCACAUUUCCUUAUGCUCCGCAGGUUUACACCAAUACUCGCCCCCGAUGGUGGACAGGCGCCAACACGACAGAAUUCUUCUCUACCGUGGGCAUAUCAGCAGCCUAUGCAAUAAUCGUCAGCGGCACUCUCUACUGGGCCAUCGCUGAAGCAAACGGCAAUGCAUUCGACGGUGGCUUCGGAGGAGCGAACAUCCAGUCCCUUGCCAACCUGAGAUACGACGAUCCCAAAUCCUCAGUAAUCAUACCUACGAUCCUCACGGCCAAUAUUCCGCAACUGGGUUUCUCCCUGCUCUACGUGUUUUACACCAACAUCUGGAGCAAACUUUUGAUAGCACAGGAAUUCGAGCGGCUGACAACCUCCAAGAAGGGUCUUAGGAUCAGUGAACGCCCGUAUGGUCAACAGCGUAGCAGUCGUUUCCUCACGCUGCCAGCAGGUUAUGCUUUGCCACUUAUGGCAUUCAGUGCAGCGCUGCAUUAUCUGUGCUCCCAGAGUCUUUUCAUGGCGCGAUUCGAUGGCAUGAGGGAUGGACAAGUCGACCCAAAUGAUCAAAUGGUUCGGUUGGGCUACAACGCUGCUGGAAUGAUAGCACUCAUUGCAGUAAACAUCGUCAUGAUGGUGAUCACAACCUGCAUGGCUGGGCUCCGCCGGCUCAGUACAGGAAUGGGUGAGAUGUCGAUGAGCGUUGUCAUCAGUGCGGCGUGUCAUCUGAAGCGAUACGAGGCAGAUCCGUGGCUGCAGGCUGUACAGUGGGGAGACGUGAGUGGGAAUUUUGCAGAGGUGAAAGAUGGCCAGAUCGUACGACACUGCGCAUUUACUUCGCUGUUGGCAGAUCGUCCUGCCGAGGGACACGCUUACCAAUAGAAGUAGUCAUAGUCUUCAGUAAGGGUAUGCUCGGACCUCGUCCUCCUUCUCUAGGUCCAAACCAGCUUCUACUUGCUUCUGGUGCAUUGCAUCGAGAUACCCCAACACUGCAUCUGCAUACUGCGCCUUGCCCUUGUAGUGACUAACAUCAUCACCCCAGCUCCGCAUCGCACUGGCCAGUCUGCCCGGGACAUACGGCUCCUGGCAGAUGUCCGCGAUUGGAUGAAAGUACGUCCGAAUCGUGAACACGAUACCGCCCGAGCGUGGGAGUCUGCUUUCCGUUAACACCGA